CGCGGGCUGAGGAGGAGGGACGGGGCCAAGAUGGCGGCGCCCGUCCUGCUGCGGGUGUCGGUGCCGCGCUGGGAGCGGGUGGCGCGGUCCGCCGUGUGCGCCGCCGGCAUCCUGCUGUCCCUGUACGCCUGCCACCUGGAGCGCGAGAAGGGCCGCGACAGCCACUACCAGGCCCUGUGCGACCUCAGCGAGCGGGUGCGCUGCUCCGCCGCCAUCACCUCCAGAUGGGGUCGAGGAUUCGGUCUCUUGGGUUCCAUCUUUGGAAAGGACAGUGCAAUAAAUCAGUCCAACAGUGUUUUUGGCCUGGUGUUUUAUAUACUACAAAUGCUACUUGGUAUGACAGCAAGUGCAGUAGCAGCUCUAAUCCUCAUGACAUCCUCCAUAGUGUCUGUAGUAGGGUCCCUGUACUUGGCAUACAUUCUGUACUUCGUGCUGAAGGAAUUUUGCAUUGUCUGCGUGCUCACAUAUUUGCUGAACUUCAUUCUCUUUAUCAUCAACUACAAACGACUAGUUUAUUUGAACGAGGCCUGGAAGAGGCAACUCCAACCCAAACAGGAAUAACCCCUGCUGGAACUUUUGACUGACAGUCUGAAGACCCAACUUCCAUUAAGUUUAUUUUGCAGUAAUUUUUUUAUUCUCCAUAUCAGACACUUUUUGCCCCCCCUUUCCCCCCCACGAGAAUCAUAAUGGAAAUUUUGAAUUAGAAAUUUCAAGGGGCCCCAGAUAAUUUCUCUGUGCUAAUCUUCAGUUUCAAUGCGGUUAUGAAAGAAAGCUCUAUAACAAUCAAAGACAAGCUUUAACUUUACUUUGAAGGAGUUUUAGCCACAGCAAAACCUAGACUCUCUCUCUCUUCCCCCUCCACUUGUGAAGUGGGUAACACUUGCUAUAAAAUAUCCUGUAUAUAAAUUCAGGUAUAACAAGAUGUGAUCAUGACAUGAAAUAUUCUAGACUAGCAUCACCAUAUUUAAUGUUGCCAUGUUUACAGUAAGUGUAUUUUUUUUUUUUUUUUUUUUUUUUUUUUUUUUUUUUUUAGCUGAUGGACUUAGAUUUGACUAGGACUUAUACUGUAAAUAAAAUUAGAACUCUUGGUUUCAUCCCUGGAGAACUCACUGUCCCAUGGGUUUGGUUAGGAGCUGUCAGAGGGUUCAGCUCAGAGUCGACUGACACGAUGGAAGAAGUGACCUCUAAAGAACAUGGAGUUGCUGCUCUCACUGUUGUGCUUUCACAAGAAUGAUGCUUGGGGUUGGUUCCAAUUUUUCUUCUUUUUUUUUUUUCUUUUUUUUUUUUUUUUUUUUUUUUUUUUUUUUGUCUCCAGUAACAAAAAUGGAAUUAAAGCUGAAACCUGAAGUAUGUUGAUUAAACGACAACCUCAUUAAUUUCUGUACAGAACAAAAAUAGCUUCAUGUGGUCAAUGAAAAGCUGAUUUGCAGAUUGGGGGUUGGAUGAAGUGUUCUUUGAAAGGACUCCAUUUCUAAGCAGAGCUGUUCCAUUUGAAGCUGUGCUCAGCCAGCCAGUGUUACUAAUGUUUGAUGUUCUGUGAAUGCUGCAGUAUAGAAUUGCAAUUUGCAGUGGAAACCACUGAGUGAGCAGGAUAACCAAGCAGUGCACUGAAAAAGCAGUUCCUUAAUUGAUCUUGGUCAGGAUCUUUGGUUUGUGCUAUAUUGGGAAAUGAACUUUAGGCCUGACACACACACAGAGAAGAUCUCUUGGAAGGGCAACCUGUUUAAUGGGAUAAGUAAGUCAAUGUGCUCCUGAAAAUGAAAUGUGAUAUAGUGCUAUCAUUGCUCUUUCUAAGAACUAAUUGGGGAAAAAAAAUAUUAAACUGCAGAUUUAAACAGAGGAACAAAAUUGUACACAUUGUUUCUGCGCUCAGUAUUCUAAGGCUGAAUGUUAAAAGUGCCUUCUGUCUUCAAAUCUUAAACCAAAUACUUUGUGUUGAACUUGGCAGGCAGAAGUGUCCUUGCUUUAAAAAUGAACAAACAAAAUUCUCAGCAAACUUGCUGGGGAUAGAAGAGUAUUAAGAGAUCUGGGUUUAGUUUUUAGACUGAGAAGUGGUAGCAGUAUUGUUUUCAGUUUAAUUUAAAAGGUUGAUGUGAUUUGGAAAAGUGAAAUAUUUGUGUUUCAGACUGUGUGACACCAAUGUGUGGGUUCAGCUACUUUCUGUAAUUGGUGCUGUGCUGCUUUUUGCCCUUGUCAGUUUGAAACAUGAACAAUUCCAGCUGCAUACCCGUUUAUUUAAAGAACUAAUUUAACUCCUUUUAGCAUUUUCAUUCUCAAACAUGAAUGUCAGAGACACUUCCAUUGUAAGUGAUUUUAAACACUAAGGAUGAACUUGACUGUGAAACGAGCAGUGUUUCCAUAGAGCAAAACAAGGUUGGAGAUCAAAUUCACAAAAUUAAUAUUUAAAUUACUACUGAAGUAAUUCUGGUUUGCACCAAGGGUAGAGGUGGAAACUGCUUUUCUGUACAGAGUUGUGUGGUGUGAGUAACAUCUGUUGCAUGUAACACUAAAUGACUUGUCCCUCGUCUGACAGUUUUAGCCAACAAUCCAUUAAAUGAGUUUUGUAUUGACCAGAGUAUAGUUAAAGCUUGUCUUGAUGUUCAGUUCUGUCUCUCAAAUGCCUUCCACUUUGAUAUUAAGGGGAAUGAAUGAUGUUGAAUUGGUCCCUCGAGGCUUGGCUUUGUUCUCUCCCAAGCCCUGAGGCAGUAGCAGUGUUUAAUGUGUUGUAUAGAUUUUAUUUCAGUGCAUUCCUGUGAUCUACACUAAAGGCAUCUUUUUUUCAUCCAAGGAAGAGGUGAACAUGUGCUGCCCUAAAGUUGCUCCUAUCUCAGAGCAAGCAGCCAUGGAGACAAGUCUAAUCCACGAGUACUUGGUUCAAUUUUGGGAAAAAAAAGAGGAAAAAAAGCCCCAUCAGCUGAAAGUAUUGGUGUUGACUUCACUGUGUCUUGUGCUUGUUUGUGUGGGCAUAGUCUGUUGAUUCAGUUUGUUCAGUAAAAAUGUUUAGGGCCAGAUUUUCAGCAAUCCUUGUUAGUGUGCACAUAGGGAGCAAAUGGAGCUGGAGUGUGGGCUCUGGGAGAAUUUGCAGUCACACUUUUUGUGCACAGCUUUGCAAAUCUGAUCCUUAAUUGUGAACUCUCUUGUCUUGUGUGCUUUCCUUGCAGUUCCUUUUUACUGGAAGUGAUUUGCUAGAAAUGGGCCCUGAUUUCUUCUCUUUCUCUCUCGUGCUUCAGAAAUGCAGUUGGCCCGAAUAAAGGGCACAAUUAUCUUAGCAGGAGAAAUUUGGACCUUUCUGCUUCCAGUUCUUUUGACUCUUUCCUUGCUGCUCCCAAUGAUAGAAACAGCAUUUUCCUUCCAGUAAAAUGGGUUGUGACUGAAAUCAGGAGUGCAGCUGUGCCCCCCUGCCUGCCCCAGACAAAAUGUGGUGGCAAACGUGUGCUUGAUACUGAUUUUAUCCUUCCAAAUCCAAAGGCAAAUCCUAAAAAUUCUCAAGGAUGCAGGAAUCUGGGUAAAGGCAGGUAAAUGAUAUUUGGGCUGGCAAGGGACAGGGGGUGUUACAGAGAUCCUUGUUAUGGUUUCAGCACUCAGGAGAAUGGAAGGGAUAAAAUUCACAGUAUCCAAACAGAGGUUCUGAAUUUGGGCUCUUCCUGCCCCUCUUUGGCUCUCUCAGAAUCCUAAAAUUCCUUUAGGAUCAUGGAAUAUUCUGAGUUGGAAAUUUCACAGUGAGGGGCGGAUUGGAAAGGCAACAAAACCUCAUCCCAAACCCUGCUUAGGAAUGAACCAUUCCUGAAAUCCUCUUACUGUAAGGUACUUGCUACUCUUUAAGGCCAAGGAGGAAAUGAAUGUUCUUGGAAGUUUCUCCCAGUGAAACAUUUGUGACACUGAGGCCAAUGAAACAUUGCUGAGCACCUUUGGGAUCUGAAGUGACAGCAGAUCUCUGCUGAGGAGGUUUCUGAAUGCUGGGGUUGGCAUUUUUGUGCUGCUGUGGUCUCAGUUGUUCCAGGAGGUUGGUGAGGUGCUUCAGGCAGUUCUGCUCCUCAUAUAUGUGGGCUGAGAUCAGAGCUUGGCUUUGGUUGUGCCAAUGUUGUUUAAAGUGGUCCAGAAAAGAUAUGAAAUAUUCUGUUACCACAAAACUGUGUUAAGCAUGGCCUAAAUAUAAGGUGUUUGUUCUGUAUAAUAUGUUCCAUCAACUAUUUAUUCCCAGUGCUUUCAAAUCCAACACCCAUUUAAAAUGGAGUCAUUGGGCAGAUGUUCCUUUUCUCAAUAUAGGCUGAGAGAUUCUCUACUGGAGGUUUAGGAUACAAUUUUGCUAACAGGUAAAAAACCAUGUAAAUAUGUACGAAUUCUAUUUGUUGCACAUAACUUUUUUGGUAAAAAAAAAAAAAAAAAAAAAAAAACAACAAAAAUAAAUGUAGAAAUUACCUGUGGAUGUCUUGCUGCAAUCAUUCUUAUGCUGCAUUCAUGCAGUCCAAACAUAAGAGCUUGAAUGAACCCAACCAGAGGCCUUUUUGGACUCAGUCUGAGCCUUAGAAACUGUUUUUAAUGUCAGUACUGUAAUUCUGUUUCUAGAAAUUGUACCAAGUCGUGUGGUUUUUCCCAAGACCUUGUGUGUGUUUAGCAGUAGAAGGGUCAAAGCACUUGAUUCUCCCCAGAUCCCAGUUUUCCCAGUAGAAUUCCUGCAGCUUUGUGUCUGGCUGAGCAUUGUGUGUAAAGGCUGAGCAGCGUUGACUUGAGGCUUUCAAUGUUUACAGUUCUUUAAUCAAAAAAAAGAAACAAAAAAAAAACCAACCCAACCUUGUGAUUUGUAUCACUUUCUGCUUUUAUUGGGGCUGCUCAAAGCUGGUCCCACAGACCACAAAAUCUCUGGAAAAAGUGCUGGAGUGUCCCUGGAUUUGGGGAGGGAGCUGCUGGCAGGGUUGGGUUUGUUGAGAACAAGCAGGAAUUAACCCUCAAAUGUGUGCUCAGAUUUUGGGGCGUGCUGAGCUGAGCCCUGCUUUGUAAGGAGUGACCAAUGUCAAAUCCUCAUCUGUGUUUUGGUCAGGUCUGUUGAAACUGGGGAAGAAAAUGAGUUUUUAAAGGAUGAUGGAGAAGUUGAAAUGACUUUCAAACACUGCUAGUUGGCAGUACCAUGGUGUGGUUAACAAAUGUCUUUUUAUUGUGCAUAGAGUUUUAUAUUCUGGGGGUUUAGUUCUAGAGAAAAUCUAGGCCUAGCACGGUGUGAGGAAUGCUGUAGUGUUGUUUCUUUUCCCUUAAAAACACAAGAAAAAUUGCUGUGGAGUCUGCAGUGAACAUCUGUGUCCUUAUUGUGCUGGGGCAGGGUGGAAGGUGCUGUUGGUUCCUCAUGUACCACCUCUGAAGGGAACAGAAUUUGGCCAGCACACAAGAGAAAAGCAAAUAUUUCCUUUAUAUGGUCAGAUUUGGUCACUUCCCUGAGGCACUGACCCAGAGGCAGCUGCAGAGCAGGAGCCAUGGCACCACUUUCACCCAGGAUCUGAAUUUCAGUAACCAGACUCCAGACUGGAACUUCCCAAAUGCUUUGGGCAGCCUCUGCUUUUGUUGUUCUGCUCCUUGUGCUGCUGCUUUUGGGAAGUUUGCAGAUCAAAUAUUCUGAGUUUUGCUGAGUGCUGGUGUGAUCCAAGCCAGGCUAAAGCCUGGCCUAGGCUGCUGUGCAGGCCUAAGGGGACAGCACUGCAGCAGCACAGGGAUUUAUUUACACCUGGCCCUGCCCCAGAGGGCUUCAGGCCACUCUCAGAAAGGUUUGGAACAGAAUUUCCCUCUGGGCUGCUCUUCCUGUGGUGACAUUGAAUAUGAAGGAAGCCCUUCCACAUGGAAGUGGCAUUGUUGGACACGGUUUGUGUCUGACAGUGGCAGUUUUGGUACUGUAAAAUAAAUAGAUUUCAAGUUGAGUUGAUGUAGUCCCUCCCUCUGUAACAUUCCACCUUGCUGCUGGAACAGGAAUUCCAAACUCUCUGUUGGAGUGUCUUGGGUGGCUCACACCCCUCCUGCUGCUGGGAAUGCUCAGGAUUUCUCACACAUCCAUCCUGUCAGGCCCCAGAGCAGCUGCACAAACUGUGCUCCUCUGCAAUCCUGUGGACAGUUUGCUGUGAUCUCAAUAGUGUUAACUCUUAGGGGAGUUUAACUGGAAAACCUUAUUUGCUUUAGAGGGAUGUGAUGUUCAUUUAGAGUAACUUAGAUUUUGUUUUUAAGUUCAGCAUUGAGUUGUGUCAUGUAAUAUUUGUAAUUUUUUUUUGCCAUAAACAGAUACCUCAGUCAGGAUUUCUUAACUUCAGCUCCUUUAAAGUGAAUAUUUGUUUUCCUGCCUGGAAACAAGAAGCCUCCAGACUUGGCUGAGCAGAGGAAACAAAAGUUUCUGAUCUGCUUUGCAUCACAGUAACUACUUCAGGUGGACUAGAAAUCGCACUGGACUUGCAAGACUUCAAUCAGGCAUAAAACUUAUUUAAACAGAGAUUUAAUAACGAGUUCAAUGUAAUCCCCAGCCACUAAACCCUUUGUUUUUAUUUUAGGAAGAGGGAAUGUGAUGUUAUUGCAGGAGGAAGACAGCUUGAUUCAUUUGCAAUCCUCCAGUACCUGUCCCUAAGGACAAAGGCAGCGGCUUUGGGCUGGCGCUGGCGGGUGAAGAUUCCCUUCUUGUUCCCCAGAACUCGUGUGGUGCCUGCAGAGAAGUUAUAAAAUACAGAAAUGUACAAACCAGGCUCUGCUGUGAGCUGUGACAAUGUAGGUACUAAAUCAGGCCACGUGGCAGAGACCUCUGCACUUUGUUUGCACAGUCAGGGGAGCCUGGCAGGACCCAUGGAUGGGACAGGGCAAUCCAGCUGCAGCUCCUGAUUUACAGCUGCUGGGCUGGGACAUUCACUGCGGGGUGCCCAGUGCUCAGAGUUGUAUCUGCUGGAGAUUAGCUCCACCUUCAGAUUGGAUGGAGGAAAUGGUGGUGACUAUUUACUGUCCUGUGUGCUGUCUGGAUCCUUUCUGCCUGGUCUAGUUUUUGUAGGAAACUGGAAAAAAGGAUUGCAACAGGUAGAGAGCCUGGAACUGCAUCUGUGUCUGACCUUGUCUACAUUUUCUCAGUCCUUUUUGAUGCUGCUUUUCUGGGCACUGCCAUCAUUGAGCUUUCUAAUGCCUGUCCUGGUGCUCU